AUGAAUUCACCUGAUCUUUGGAACACUUCAGAAGUACAGGUUUGCUUUGCUUUGGUCAACAAUUCAUGCCCUAGAAAUGUGAGGUCUGUGCUGAGUGUGUGUGCCAUGUACAUUAUCAUGAUUGGUGUUAUAGUGAUGACCAUGCUGGGCAACCUGGUUGUGAUCAUUUCCAUCACCCACUUCAAGCAGCUCCAGUCCCCAACCAACUUCCUGAUUCUCUCCAUGGCCACCACUGACUUUCUGUUGAGCUGUGUGGUCAUGCCCUUCAGUAUGGUCAGGUCCAUCGAGUCCUGCUGGUAUUUUGGAGACCUCUUUUGCAAAGUCCACAGCUGCUGUGACAUCAUGCUCUGCACCACCUCUAUUUUUCACCUCUGCUUCAUCUCAGUGAAACGCUACUAUGCUGUUUGUGACCCUUUGCAUUAUGUCACCAAAAUUACCAUCCCUGUGAGAGAGGUCUUUCUGCUCAUCAGUUGGUCCAUUCCCAUCUUUUUUGCCUUUGGCCUGGUAUUCUCAGAGUUCAACAUAAUUGGUGCAGAAGACUUUGUUGCAGCCAUUGACUGCACAGGCUUGUGUGUAUUGAUAUUUAACAAGCUCUGGGGGGUGCUGGCCUCCUUUAUAGCCUUCUUUCUCCCUGGGACUGUCGUGGUGGGGAUUUACAUACACAUUUUCAUAGUAGCUAGGAAGCAUGCUAGGCAAAUUGGCAUGAGUCCUAUCAGGAAACAGGGAGGGUCAGAAAGCAAAAUGAAAGUAUCAUCCAAAAAAGAAAGCAAGGCCACUAAGACUUUAAGCAUAGUCAUGGGAGUGUUUGUGCUGUGCUGGCUGCCCUUUUUUGUCUUGACGAUCACAGACCCUUUCAUUAAUUUUACAACCCCUGAAGAUUUGUACAAUGUCUUCCUCUGGCUGGGUUAUUUCAAUUCCACUUUCAAUCCCAUUAUAUAUGGCAUGUUUUAUUCCUGGUUUCGCAAAGCAUUGAGGAUGAUUGUCACGGGAACCAUCUUCCACCCUGACUCUUCCACCCUAAACCUAUUUCCUGCAGAUGCUUAG